CUCUCCCGCCCCCUGUGUGUGUCUGGAUGCUAUCCCUGUCAAUCUACUCGGUGGCUUCGUCCUCUACUACGGCGGCGGCGGUGGUGUUGUCGUUGUUGAUCUCGGUGUCGUCGUGGUUGCCCUCCUUGGCAGCCUCCCCUCCAGCACCACCGUCCCCAUCACCAUGGCCGUCGUGCCCCGCCUCCUGCCCCGCCAUGACCUCCUCAGUCGUCUCAGCAGACUCACCUGCACGAACCGCAACACACACACAACAGACACACACAUGGGUGUCCAUCAAUCCAUCCAUCCAUCCACCAUGCUCACGCACCGCUAUCGCGUGCCUCCUUCUUGUGUGUGUUGGUGCUGGUGCUGAUGCUGAUGUUGUUGUUGUCCUUGCCGCCGUCGCCCUGCUCCUCGUGUGUGUCGUCCCUGUCGGCUUCCUCCAUGACGAUGUUGUUGCACUCGGGCUCGGGCGUGUUGCAGGCAGUCGAGUCGCGCGUGGCCAUAGCCAUGGCAGCAGGGGGCGACUGCUGGGUGGUCGGCGUGGGGGCGGUCGACGGCGAUGAGGACGGCGAGGCCGAGGGCGACGGCGUCGGGGCGGCUUUGGGCACGUAGGCGGGCUGCUGGAUGCGCGAGGGAGUGUACCGCGGGCCGCGGGUGCGUGCGCGGCUGUCGAUGUCGGGGAACAACGCCUUGGCGAGAUGAAUCUUGAUCUCUGACGGAUGGAUGAAUGGAACCGAAAUAGUGUUGUGUGUGUUCCUUCCAGUGUCUGUGGGUGUGUCGUGUCGGGGUAAUAAGGUACCCUGCUGUCGGGUAUUUCCGCUCUUGUGGCACUUGUAGGCGUUGCAGAGGCGCUCCUGCCCCACCAGGCAGUACGUCACGCCAUUGCGGUCCAUCCAAUCCAACACUGAUAUCAACACCCACAGCAAGCACCAUACCAUACCAUACCAACACACACGUGUGAAUGCCUCGCCGCCACACACACAUCUCGGGCUCGGUGUGCGGAUGCCUACCUGAGAAUACGUCGCGCGGCUGGUUGUUCUCGAGGCGGAGCCACACGGGGAUCCAUCUGCGGGCGCCGUUGGCACUGCCGUCCUUGAGAGCCUGGUUGCGGCCCACUAUGUCAAACCUGAGUGGCAGGUCCCACACACAUGCGUGUGGCGGGCGUGUGUGGUUGUCAAACACCACACCCACCCACUUGUCGUUGAGUCGCAUGAAGCCCGGGUAGGCGUCGUGCUUGCAGAAGGUAUCCAGGAUAAUCUUCAUGCCGUCCUCUGAUCGCACACACAGGACACAAGCAGCAGGGUGGGCCAAUGCACACACACGCAUGACAUGAGAAGGGAUGUGUGUGUGUGUGUGGUCGCACCGGUGAGUUGGUUGUGCGAGAGGUGGACCUCGCAGAUGGGCGAGGGGUUCAUCCACACGUACUUGGCCAGCAUCUUAGCGCCUGCAAUCGCACGCACACACACACAUGCACACACUUGAAUGCAAAGCAAUGCGUGUAUUGUGUUUGGGCCAUUUCGUGUCUGCGAACCGACCAGCAUCGGUGAUCCUGUUCUUGAACAACUUGAGCACACGGGCGUGGAUGCGCCACUUGUCAAACAUAUCCUACACACACACACACACACACUUACAGAUGUUUCCUUCCGCUCACAAUCAUGCCCAGACAGACACACACGCAUCGACGCACCGUGAGCAUCUUGACGCCGGCGUCUGUGAUCUUGUUGCUCGACACAUCCACCGUCGCUAUGAUGGCGUCCAUCGCACCCAGCUGGAACUCCGUCCGCACAUUGGUCAGCUGAGACGAUAUCCACCUGCAGACACCCACACCCACACACACCACAUGCAAACAUAUGAUGCGUCUCGCCACACACGUGUGCAUCUCAUCUCCCCUCCCCCCUCCCCUCUCUGACGCACCUGCAGUACUCCUCCAGCUGUCCGUCGUCCAUCAUCAUGCCGCCCAGCCGCAGCUCCAGCACCCGCCGCUCCACGUCCACCUCCAUGAUGCGCCCGGGCCGCCCGCCGAACGGCGGACCGUGCGUGUGGUGCCCGCCCAUGUGAUGAGGAGGCGGGCCAUGGCCGUUGUGCCGGUGAUGGUGGCUGGGCGGGUAGCUGUGGAGCAUGCUUGAUCUAUGGAACGAAACCAGGCAGAUGGGCAGAUCGGUGAGCGGAAGGGAUUGGAGUCGUCACUGGGAGGCCAACGCUACUCCUUCUCACCUCCAGCUCUUUAUUCGUUUUCUACCUCCGCGCAGAAAGGGUCGGCAAGAAUUCGCGACGGCGAGACGAUGACCCCACAAACCCUGAUGUGACAU